GGAGCCCAGCCCCAGCCCGGCCCUUCUUUAAGAUCACCACCCGCCCCCAUUGCCCUCUCCCACACCUCAUCUUCGUCUUCUUCUCGCCCGGUGACACUCGAGAGCAAAGGAAUACUCACCAGCUAGCUUGAGCUUGCUUGCUGUCGGUUCUUUCCGGGAGGGAAGCGUCGGGUCCUGUGUUCUGUCAGGCUGGCUCUUGACAUGUUCAGAUCCAAGAUCCAGGAGAUGAUCCUCAGGAGGAAGUCCAGGUCCAUGAACGGCGCCGGCGCCGGCUGCGCGCAGCACGUCGGCAACUCGUCCACGGCUCCAUGCGACGGUGGCAAGGGUGCUGCUGCUGUUGCUGCUCGUGCGCCGUCGUUCGCCGCGCCGAGACUGCUGCACUCGUCGUCCCUCCCCGCCGGCGGCCGCGCUGCGGUCACCGGGUCCGGGAGCCCCGUGCGGGACGCCGAGACGAUGUCCGCCUACGCCAUGAGCCCGACCUCCGUGCUUGACGCGUCGGUGGCCUUCGGUUCGCCCGGCCCGGCGGUGGACGCCGGGGGGAGCAAGCGCCGGCCGUGGUGCGACGGGUGCGCGGGGCCGCACGGGCUCGCCGACGUGCUGGACUGCGCCCACGAGGCCCAGCGGAGGAAGAACGUCCUCCGGGGCGCCGUGAGGGCGCAGGCGCCGGCGCUGGUGCGGUCGUGCUCCCUGGACCGGCGCGUGGAGUUCGGCGUCAAGAACAAGAGCUCCUGGCUGCCGCUACGCGCCGCCCGCGCAGGGGCGGCGGAGCAGGAGGACGACGGGCCGUCGUCGGAGGACUACACCUGCGUCAUCUCCCGCGGGCCCAACCCGAGGACGGUCCACAUCUUCGGCGACCGCGUGGUAGACUCAUCGGCUUGCAGGUGAUUACCACGGAGAAGAAGAUGCGGCCGGAACGAUAAGAAGAUCACGAAGUAGACUCUUGCUUGCCUGCAAAUAGUGCCACGCCACAGGUCCUAGUCCCUGCGUUGUACCAUGGGAAGCUGAGAGCACAAGGAAGGAAUGUAUUGACAAAAUUUUGAGAGUAGGUUCGGCUACCAUUUUUCCUGGAGAUAAUUAAACAGAAGCUGCUUAAGCUAGCCGCUUCAGUCGAAAUGCCGCGAUGCCUUUUUUUUGUAAAUUUGUGAGCUGUGACUUGGAAUGUUGACUUACAAGUGGUUGUUCA